GGUGAAUAUUUUUGCAAGCAAUUAGACGUGGCAUUGAAAGCGAUUAUGACGUCAAAUAAAAAACAGCCAUGUGUUAUCAUCCAUGACAUUUAGAAAACCUCUUACGUUUCACAGAAGAUACUUGGAAACACAGAGUUUUAUAAGCGCAAUGGAGAUUAAAGAUUCGAUAUUUCCGGAAGAAAAAGAAGAGGAAUUUCCAUGGGAUGAUAAAGCACUUCAAGCAUUUAAAAAGGUUAUAAGAGAACAAGGGAUAAAAUGUCGAAUGGAUGACAUUUUUCUUCUUGGAAUUCUUCGUGCUAGAAAAUAUGAUAUGCAAAGAUCGUUGAAAAUGCUAAAGAAUUAUUAUGAAGUGAGAAUACAGUAUCCUCAGUACUUUAAAGAUCUACUUCCUUCUAAAUUGGAACAUGUUUUAUCACUGAAUGGUAUUCAAAUCCUACCAAAACCAGAUAGUAAAGGAAGAUUUAUUUAUUUUUGUCAAGUCAGUAAAUGGAAUACUUCUGUUGCAAAUGGAACAGAUGUAAAUCGUCAUUCUUUACUUACCUUCGAUAUCAUGUUAAAUUUUCAUCGAACUCAAGAGAAUUGUGUCGUUAUAAUUGUGGAUGCUGGUGGAAUGACACUAUCACAUUUUCUGCAAUUUACACCAAGUUUUAUCAAUUCAACGGUGAACAUUUUAUUGAAAGAUACUUAUCCGCUUCGAUACAAGGAUAUACAUUUUGUCAACGUAAAUAUUAUAAUAAAAGCAAUUUUAACUAUGGCAUUUCCACUUUUACCAACUAAGCUCAAGGAAAGAUUUCACUUACAUUCCGACUUGUCUACUUUGCACGAAUUCAUUCAUCCGGAUUUUUUGCCUUUGGAAUUGGGAGGUAAUUUGCCUUCUGAUCCGAGUAAAUUCAAGAAUAUGAUUAGAGCCAACGAAGAAUUCUUUCGCAAAAACGAAGAAUAUUUGAGAUUGUACGAAGAGGAAAGAAAUAAACACUUCAAUCAAGGCAAAUUUACUUACGUUGGUGAAGAUUUUGAAGACGAAAAAGUUAAGAAGUUUCUAGAGAAAUCGGAAGAAAAAUUUAAAUGUUAUUCCGAUGAUCCAGAAGCAUUUAUGGCUUCUCUGAAACAAGAUUCGGAAUUGGAAAUUACACAUUUUUGAAAAAUAUACAAUUAUGUUGUUCUGGAUUAUAUUAUUAUUUACGAGGAAAAAACUAAACUAGCAAAUUUAACAUGUAUUUUCAUCGUUUAUAUUAUUGUAUUGAAGCAAC